UAGGGGAGAAUGAAAACUCCUACAAGCUUUAACCAGUGCUCUGCUGGAUACUAAUAGAAGUCACAAGACUGCUCUAACUGCUGAUGAGAAAAGGUAUUUAUUAGUUUAUGUUUACUAAAAUAAUUGCAUUUCCAUGUUCUGUGUACUGUGGGAGACUAGAUAUAGUGAAUGCAGGGUCCAGGGAGACUAGACAUAGUGAAUGCAGGGUCCAGGGAGACCAGAUAUAGUGAAUGCAGGGUCCUGGGUUUAGUAACAGUUAUACUUACUGUA